AUGAGGUUUGGAAGGAUAAAACUCUUUAGUUGCCCUCUGAUCCUUACCUUGGAGCCCAAGACAGGUUCUGGGCUGACUUCGUUGACAAGAAGGUGUAUGAGAUUGGGAGGGUGCCAUGGACAACCAAAGGAGAAGAGCAGGAAGCAGCUAAGAAAGAGUUCCUUGAGUGCAUUGGAUUGUUGGAAGAGAAGCUUGGAGACAAGCCUUACUUUGGGGGUGAGACCCUCGGGUUCGUCGAUGUGGAUACCGUUCUAUAGCUGGUUUUAUGUGUAUGAGAAACUUGACAACUUCAGUAUAGAGGCAGAGCAGCCAAAGUUUUAUGCAUGGGCAAAGAGGUGCAUGCAGAAGGAGAGUGUGUCUAAGUCUCUUGCUGACCAGAAAGCGAUCUAUGACUUGUUUCUGCAGCGCAUGAAAGCGAGGGAGAUUGAUCAGUAG